AUGGAAAAAUUUGAGGUUAUUGUUAUUCUCUUCUUGUUUAUAUGUGCUGAAGCUCAAGAUUCAUCCAAUCAGCAUGAUGUGAAUCCACUUCAUCCAAGCAUGGCAGUAGUUCUUGUUCUGCUAAUUAUGUUCUGCUUAACGUUUCUCAUAGUGGCUUAUGCGAAGUUCUGUUACAGACCAGUGUCUUAUUAUCAGUCAAACGAUGAACAAGAGCCUCGUGUUCUUCUUGCAUCAAGAUCUCGAUUUUCUGGUAUUGAUCGAUCAGUAAUUGAGUCUCUUCCAUUUUUCAGGUUUUCGUCCCUCAAGGGCUCGAAAGAAGGCCUUGAAUGUGCAGUAUGCUUAUCAAGAUUUGAGGAGACAGAAGUUCUUCGAUUGUUGCCAAAGUGCAAGCAUGCAUUCCACAUGAACUGCAUCGAUAUGUGGUUUGAAAAUCACUCAAGCUGCCCCAUUUGCAGGUACAAGUUUGAUGUGGUAGACUUGAGUAGUUUGACGUAUACAAACAGCUUUAGGUACCCUCGGCACUCGUGCAAUCUAGCAGAAGAACCAAAUCUCGAGCUUUUCGUUCAAAGAGAGCAAGAUCGAAAUAGGUUAUCCAGAUUCAACGUGGUAAACACGUUCCAAAACAUUGCCAGGGGGGAGGAAGACGAGGUUUUGAUGCAAAAAGGUAGCAAGGAUAAUGGGGACGAGGAGACCUUACACAAAUUCAAGCACAAGAUCAUUGUUUCUGAUGUAAUUUGUAAAAGCAGGUGGAGUGAUGUCAACACUUCAGACCUCAUGUUUCUGAAUUCUGAGAUGCUCAAUUUUAUGUCGAGCAAACGAUUUGAGCCAGUCGUGUCAAACAGUGGAAGAUUCAGCAAUGAACUUUCAGCCAAGAUACGAGUUUCGAAGAUAAAGGAGGAUAUGGAAAGAAAAAGAUUGUACCAUUCUAAGGUAAUUGCAACUGCCACGUCAAGCUCUCCUUGUACUGACAACAUAGAUAUAGUCGAAAAGAAGGCAACAAGAUCAUUGGAUAGAAGCGAGAAGAGAUCAAUGUCUGAGAUUACAAAUAUUUCAAGAUUUACAGAAUUCGGUGCAAGCAGCAGGAUCAAUCGAUUAUCAUCUCCAUUAAAUAUUGUAAAGGAUGAAAAGACUUUUAGGCUAUGGUUUCCCAUUGCAAAGAGAACAAUUCAAUGGUUUGCUGGUAGAGAAAUCAGUUCAGAGAUUUCAAAACAUGAAUCAAAUGUAUGA